CCGUCAGCACCACCAGCCGUCAGCGCCACCAGCCGUCAGCGCCACCUAGUGACCGAUAUCACCAGCUGUCAGCACCAAUUACGUCAGCGCGCCACCAGCCGUCAGCACCACCAGACCAUUAUCACCAGCUGUCAGCACCACCAGCUGUCAGGAAACCACCAGCUGUCAGCACCACCAGCCGUCAGCACCCCAGCUGUCAGCGCCACCAGCUGUCAGCAGCACCAGCCAUCAUCACCACCAGUUAUCAUCACUACCAGCUGUCAGCACCACCAGCUGUCAGCGCCACCAGUGACCAUUAUCACCAGCUGUCAGCACCACCAGCCGUCAAAGCGCCACCAGUGACCAUUAUCACCAGCCGUCAGCACCACCAGCCGUCAGCGCCACCAGUGACCAGCUAUCACCAGCUGUCAGCACCACCUCUCAGCCGUCAGCGCCACUCAGCCGUCAGCACCACCAGUGACCAUUAUCACCAGCUGUCAGCACCACCAGCUGUCAGAAAGUCCACCAGCUGUCAGCGCACCACCAGCUGUCAGCACCACCAGCUGUCAGAAACCACCAGCUGUCAGCAGCACCAGCUAUCAUCACCACCAGUUAUCAUCACCACCAGUUGUCAGGACCACCAGCUUUCAGCACCAUCAGCUGUCAGCAUUACCAGCUAUCAGUUCCUCCAGCU